UGUGCCUGCUCAAUGAAGGGGGGAUAUGGCGGGAAUGAUGACUCACAAAUAUACAAAAAGAGAAAAAGUAUUUGAAUGGCCUGAAGCUCUGGAAGAAACCGAAGAUGGAUUGACAAACGUUUUAUAUAGAGAUUUAAGGGAAGUAAAGAAGAAGAAACGGCUGCAACAGAUGGCCCUAAUGGAUUUUGAUUUUGGAAGGUUGAUAUAAAUAAAUAUAUAUUCAGAGAGGGGAGAUUGAGUGCAAAAAUUGUCUUUUU